AUGGAAGACGAAAUUGCUGCUAUUGUUCUUGACAAUGGAUCUGGAAUGUGCAAGGCUGGCUUUGCUGGCGACGAUGCUCCUCGCGCCGUAUUCCCAUCCAUCGUCGGACGACCUCGCCACUCUGGAGUUAUGGUAGGAAUGGGCUUCAAAGACGCGUUCAUCGGCGACGAAGCCCAAGCCAAACGCGGCAUCCUCACGCUCAAGUACCCCAUCGAACAUGGCAUCGUUACCAACUGGGACGACAUGGAGAAGAUCUGGCACCACACCUUCUACAACGAGCUGCGCGUCGCACCAGAGGAGCACCCCAUCCUCCUCACCGAGGCGCCUCUCAACCCCAAGUCCAACAGGGAGAAGAUGACGCAGAUUAUCUUCGAGACGUUUAAUGCGCCUGCGUUCCAUGUGGCCAUUCAAGCCGUGUUGUCGCUCUAUGCCUCGGGAAGGACGACCGGAAUCGUAUUGGAUUCGGGUGAUGGUGUGAGCCAUACUGUACCCAUCUACGAAGGCUUCUCUCUCCCGCAUGCGAUUUUGAGGCUCGAUAUCGCUGGUCGGGAUAUCACCGACUACCUCGUCAAGUGCUUGGGCGAGCGUGGCUACCCUUUCACAACCACCGCCGAGCGCGAGGUCGUACGUGAUAUCAAGGAGAAGCUGUGUUACGUCGCCUUGGAUUUCGACGAGGAGUUGCUGAAGGCUUCCCAAUCCUCCGCUCUGGAGAAGACCUACGAGUUGCCGGAUGGACAGGUCAUCACUAUCGGGAACGAGCGCUUCCGAGCCCCCGAAGCCCUUUUCAAGCCCCAUCUCCUCGGUCUUGAAGCCUCCGGUAUUCAUGAAACCGCGUACAACUCCAUCAUGAAAUGCGAUAUUGACGUCCGUCGUGAACUGUAUGGAAAUAUCGUUCUUUCGGGUGGGACGACUAUGUAUCCUGGUAUCGCCGAUCGAGUGAUGAAGGAGCUGAACGCAUUGGCUCCGGCUGGUAUGAGGGUCAAGAUCUCCGCUCCCGCCGAACGCAAAUACUCCGUCUGGAUCGGCGGCUCCAUCCUCGCCUCGCUCAGCACCUUUGCUCAAUCAUGGUGCUCCAGGCAGGAGUAUGACGAGUUUGGUCCUGCCAUCGUUCAUCGCAAGUGCUUCUAA